CUGCUAGGUAAACUCUUGCGCCUGCACCGCCUGGACCCUUAACUGUCCAUCCCCUCCGUUGUACUUCCUGAGCCCCAUUUUAAAUCGCCACCGCGAACGUUACUCAUUGCAUCCUGGCUGGAGCGGCUGGAGGGAGCGAGGGCGGACUGGCUCCAUCUACCCAUCUCACCCAUCUCCUCCUCCUCCUCCUCCUCUUCCAAAUCGAAGCAAUUAUCCAUCCAUCCUUAAAUGGAGCGGGAAAGCGGGACAACGAGAAAGCGGCAGAAGUGAGCCACAGAAAGAACACAAUCCAAUCGAGGUCUCCCACGAAGUCAGACCAUUAGUGAGGGAACCAGCUAGCACGGGCUCAACCUUGUAUCAACCUUCCUGUUCACCCGCACCCGCACCCGCUGGCCGACCCAGAGGAAGAGAGGUGGAUCAGCAUCGGUCGGUGGGUUCUUCUGGAAUAGGCAACAUGUCGUCGCAGGCCUGGAAAUUUCAAAGCGACCUCUCCAGCAUUACACGGAUGGACGUGCCGCUCAAAUCCGCUUGCCAGCCUCACGCGGCGCCCGCCGCCGCCACUAACAAAGGGGGCAGUGCCCCGACGGGCCCGGCGGCCGCCUCGUCUAUGAAUCGCUCCGGAUUGAACACCAGUUCUCUGCUCAACGCCAGUCGCUUGAAUGCCUCAAGUCGCUUCAAUCCGGCCAACAAUGGGAGUUUCUCGAUGUCCCACUCGCUUUUGUCGACUUCGGCCGGACCGGGAUCCAAGCGCUUGUCCGAAUCGAUCCGGAAAACGCCCUCCAAAACGCCUAAGAACUCGCCGGGUCGGAAGGAAAACCUCACGCCCGGAAGGAAAACCCCGGGUGGCGGCCCCCAAGACCGCUUCAUUCCCGCCCGACAAGCCAAUGACCUCGAAACGAGUCAUUUCCGGCUGAUGCGGUCCAUUUCGGACCAGAGCCAAAUCGAGGCCGAGGCCACUUUGUCGCCCAGUAAACGGGAAUAUCGCCGACAAAUGUCCGAAGCGCUGACCGGGAGUGAGUUGGAUGCCAGUGCCCGCAUCAUUUCGUACACCAAUAAGGCGCCCAAAGCGCCGGAGACGCACGCCAAUGGGCUGAAGGUGCUCUAUACUCAACCCAAGACACCGGGCUCGGUCACGGCCAAGAAAUAUAUUCGACACAUUCCGCAAGUGCCUGAGCGUAUCUUGGAUGCGCCCGAGAUUAUGAACGAUUACUACCUGAACCUCUUGGAUUGGUCAGCCAAUAAUCACUUGGCCGUGGCUUUGGGUGGGCACAUUUAUCUGUGGAAUGCGAGCAAUGGUGAAAUUCAACAGUUAUGCGAGAUGGACUCCGUCGAAGAUUAUGUAUGCUCCGUCAAAUGGAUCAAGGAGGGCAAUAUUCUGGCCGUGGGUAAUUCGGCAGGCGAUGUGGCUUUGUGGGAUGUAGAGCAUCUCAAACGAAUUCGACUCAUGAGUGGACACACCGAUCGGGUGGCUUCUUUGUCCUGGAACUCGUACAUUGUUUCCAGUGGUUCCCGCAGUGGGCAAAUUCAUCACGGCGAUGUGCGGGUGGCUGAUCAUUUGGUGGGCCAACUAGAGGGUCAUACCCAAGAGGUGUGCGGAUUGGCCUGGUCUCCGGAUGGUAAAAUGCUGGCCAGUGGUGGCAACGACAACUUGCUCAAUGUUUGGUCGGCCGCUCAUGGCGAAUGCUUCACCGAUGCGACACCAAAAUAUUCUUUCUCACAUCAUCAGGCCGCGGUGAAGGCCUUAGCUUGGUGUCCAUGGCAGCCCAACGUUUUGGCCUCGGGGGGCGGGACCGCUGAUCGAACCAUUCGAAUCUGGAAUUGCAAUAACGGCACCAGUCUCCACUCCGUUGACACGAAAUCGCAAGUGUGUGCGUUGCUCUGGUCCAAAGAGUACAAAGAGUUGGUAUCGUCCCACGGAUUCGCCAACAACGAGAUCUCCAUCUGGAAAUAUCCGACCAUGACGAAAGUGGCCGAAUUAUUUGGUCACACCGAGCGAGUUCUUCAUUUGUCCAUGUCUCCUGAUGGAUCCACCAUCGUGUCUGGAGGUGCCGAUGAGACAUUGCGUCUUUGGAAAUGCUUUCAACCGGAUCCAUCCAAGAAGAAGCAAGAAAUUCAAUCCAAGAGUGGAGGCAGCAAGCUUAUUUCACGUGCGGGAAUUCGUUAAACCUAUUUAUUGGGCAACCUCUCUUCUAUGUCUAGCAUUUCCUUGAAAUUUAAUAUUCCUUUGUUGUUUUGUCUCGCACAACAAUCUCGAACCUACAUAAUAGCAAAAGCCACCAAAUAAAUCAAAAAAUAACAGUA